CCCGCCGAGCGCACCGCCCAGUUCUGGGUGGACGAGGCGCAGGCCGGCCUCAAGGCGCGCCUGCGACACGACACGAGCCAGGCCAAGGCGCGCAACGUGGUCAUGUUCCUGGGCGACGGCAUGUCCGUGCCCACGCUGGCCGCCGCGCGCACGCUGCUCGGACAGAACCAGGGCCGCACCGGCGAGGAGUCACAGUUGUCCUUCGAAGAUUUCCCCACUGUGGGAUUAGCCAAGACGUAUUGUGUGAAUGAACAAAUACCGGACUCCGCGUGCACGGCCACCGCGUACUUGUGCGGCGUGAAGAACAACCACGGCACCAUCGGCGUGACGGCGGCGGUCCCGCGCCGGGACUGCGCCGCGUCCCUCGACGAGAGCACGCACCUCGCCUCCAUCGCCGAGUGGGCGCUGCGGGACGACCGCGACGUCGGUAUUGUGACAACGACGCGUAUCACGCACGCGUCACCCGCCGGCACCUACGCUAAGGUAGCUAACAGAAGAUGGGAAAAUGACGACAGAGUAGUGGAGGACGGGCAGGAUCCUACAAUUUGUCGCGAUAUUGCACACCAGCUCGUACACAUGUAUCCUGCAAAUCAAUUCAAGGUUAUCUUAGGCGGUGGAAGGCGUGAAUUUCGGCCGAAUACAACACGCGACGAGGAAAACACUAGGGGUAGACGAACAGACGGACGAGACAUCAUCGAGGAAUGGCAACAACUCAGGGCGGCACAAAACGUUAGCUACAACUACGUAUGGAAUAGGGAACAACUGAUGAACAUAUCUGAAUCACUACCGGAAUAUCUCUUGGGACUUUUUGAAGGCUCUCACAUGCAAUACCACUUAGAAGCGAACACUACAAUGGAACCGACGCUCACCGAGCUCACUGAAAUCGCAAUAAGAUCCCUGAGUCGCAACGAAAAUGGUUUCUUUUUGUUCGUGGAGAGUGGGCGCAUCGACCACGCCCAUCACGACAACUACGUCCACCUGGCGCUCGACGAGACCCUCCAUCUGCACGCGGCGGUGCAGCGCGCCACCGAGCUCCUGUCCGAGGAGGACUCCCUCGUGGUGGUGACUGCGGACCACGCGCAUGUGAUGGCUUUCAAUGGAUAUUCACCCCGUGGAAGCAGUAUCAUUGGACGUUCUAAUGAAUUGGGUGAUGACGGUGUACCGUACAUGACCAUUUCAUACACUAACGGACCCGGCGCGCGCGCUCAAGUCGACGGAGUUCGUGUGGACGUUACGAACGACAGUGAUAUCGGGAGCAUCUGGUGGAGGUCUCACGCGGAGGUGCCGCUGGAGGACGAGACGCACGGCGGGGACGACGUGGCGGUGUUCGCGCGCGGGCCGCACCACGCGCUGUUCACGGGGCUCUACGAGCAGAGCCGCAUCCCGCACCUCAUGGGCUACGCGGCCUGCAUCGGGCCCGGCCUGCACUACUGCAGCGCCGCCGCCCGCUCGCACGCCCACCUCGCCACCAUUGUCGUUCUCACUCUCGUGUACCUUCUCAAUUAUUCACGCAUGCUCAAAUAA